UAGACUUUGUUCAGUUAAGAGCCACAUCUUUCGCACGGAAUCAUGUCUGUUCCGCCAUAUCGCCACUUUACCCAAAUUGGGGAUCCUGUUCUCCGCCAAGUGGCCGAGGUAGUUCCUCCGGAGAACAUCGACAGCCUGGAAGUUGAUCAGGUUAUCGAUCGCAUGGUGAAGGUGUUACGUCACUACGAUUGCGUAGGCGUGGCAGCGCCCCAAGUCGGAAUACCGCUACGCAUUAUAGUAAUGGAGUUCCGAGAGGGAAAGCAGGAGCAAUUCAAGCCGGAAAUUUACGCAGAACGCAAAAUGUCCACUCUGCCCUUGGCUGUCUUCGUUAAUCCGGAGCUGGAGAUAAUCAGCAGCCAGGUAAACAAACAUCCCGAAGGUUGCAUGAGUGUGAGGGGCUAUUCCGCUCAGGUGGAGCGGUACGAUAAGGUCCGGAUCCGGGGGAUCGGGAAGCUGGGCACUCCAUCAGAAAUGGAACUGGAGGGCUGGAGUGCGCGGAUCGCCCAGCACGAAGUGGAUCAUCUGAAUGGAACCAUAUACGUGGAUCGCAUGGAUAUCUCAACCUUUAACUGCAUCAGCUGGGAGCAAAUCAACGCGGCCGAGGGACGUUCAGCUAUUUGGUUCCAUAAGUGAUUCAAGAGACACGGUUUAGGAAGAAAUAAUAUGUUUUGCUCUUGAACAAAAUUAUGUUCGGUAAUAUGCUAUGUAUUUUUUUAAAUUAAACUUUAAUAAAGUUCUACUUGUGUUUAAAAGAUUUUCCAAAAUUACUCAGAGCUUA